AUGUUUGUUCUAAUUUUCCUUGAUGGCAUGUUGUCCAAUAUCUGUGGACUGAGAAGCGUAUGUGUGAGCUGGAAGAAAAACGGAAACAUCAACAUCUUCAUGUUCAAUCUCGGGGUGGCGGACCUGCUGUAUCUGUUUACCCUGCCGUUCCUCGUCUACUAUUACGCGCGUGAGAGUGACUGGCAGUUUGGCCAGCCUUUCUGCAAGGUGACGCGCUUCUGCUUCAACCUCAACCUUUAUGGCAGCAUCGGCUUCCUUACCUGCAUAAGCAUCUAUAGGUACCUGGGCAUUGUGCACCCGAUGAAAGUGAUGGGGAAAAUCACCAGUCGCCACUCUCUGGCCAUAAGCGCUCUGGUCUGGGUUUUGGUCAUUAUUCAAAUUACUCCUGAUAUAUUCUUUGACAAGAAUGAUGAAAAAAAACCAAACUCGUGUUUUGACACCACCUCAACCAACCUGACCAGAUACUACCUGCCAUACUGCAUCAGCUGGACGGUCACCGGGUUUUUCCUGCCUUUGGUCAUCAUUUUGGGCUGUUAUGGACACAUAGUGGUGGUUCUGGCAAAGAACGCCAAUGUCAACCCACUGCUGAAGCAGCGGUGUUUGAAACUGGUCGUGAUUCUGGUCAUACUUUUCUCCGUCUGUUUCAUUCCCUACCAUAUAUUUCGAAAUUUAAAUCUCACUACCAGGAUUUUUAAACAAGAUGGGCUUUGUCACCACCUCUUCGACGACAUCUACAUUGCACACCAGGUCGGCAGAUUCCUGGCUUGUCUAAACAGCGCGAUAAACCCGCUGAUUUAUAUAGUAGGAAAUGAUGAUUUCCUGACUAAGUUUCAAGACUUCAGUAAUCGGACCAGGAUGUCUCUUGCCGGACUCAAAAGCGCAAUUAUUUACCGCAAACCCAUAGAAGCGGACGUGGAUUUACCCGCAGACACGUGCACCAGUUUCGACAAGAGGAGUGGAUAG